CUACAUUUAAAGAAUCUGAUUAUCCCCCCCGCUAAAAUUUCGUUUCCGCAGUGAAUGCAGGAGUGCCCCUCAGAAAUUCUCGGUCCGUGAAGGCGCCAGUGGCAAAAGGCGUGUGAAAUUAGGGGGCCCCCCAGCUUGCCACUUCGUUGCUUGCAACCAAACUAAACCGACGCUUCUCGUCUGGAUUACUCUGACAAGGUGGAACCCGGUAGUUUUCCGAACCCUAGCAUUCGUCAUUGACAUCUCCCACAGUUCCUCGUUUGCGACGCAAUGUCUAGCCAUGUUUCGAGCGAGAUUUGCGGGGGGGGCCACUUCUCUAGAGUAGAGAAGAUCUCCUUUCCGCAUUCUCUGGUUGUUGAUGAAGAUGCGUACGAAGUUUAUAGUGAAUACAGCGACUCCGACACUGAGUUCAUACUGCUUGGCGGUCCCGCUUCUGCUACGAGAUCCCAUGCUGUCCACGGUACAAAGUACUCAGAGGUAGAGCGGCUUUCUACCGUUUUAGGCGAGCUCUCCAUAGACAGUUCCGCUGCUGUUGUCCAUGGCUUGAACGCGCCCGUCGAAGACGACGUGAAGAAGUCUAAGCGGGCACUCAAGCGCAAGCGUCAGAAUGCCGCGCGGAAGGCUAGACGCAGAGCGCAAAGGGAACAAGCAAAACUCACUUCUCACCCUGAGACGGCGGGAGUCUCUUCUUAUAAGGAGGCAUAUGCACUUAUCUCGAGGUACAUUGCUAAUCCUCAGGACCCGGGUAACGACGACCUACUUCUCUUACAAGCCCUCAUCAUCGAGUUGGGCGUCCGCUCACCUGACGACUUGCCGUCCACUCUGACUUCUGCACGUAAGCUGCUUAAAUCGGAGGUACACAUCAACAUCAAAGAGUACGUGGCUAUGCGCGAUAAAGGCCAAAAGGCCCUACAACAAAUUAUGCACCCGUCUAAGGUUUCGCUGCGGAGACAGAUACAGGAGACUGGGAAUAGAGCGUCUCUGAAAUGGGUCAAGAAACGGGGCUUGCAGGUCUUGCUCGUCCUGGUCUUCGGAUGAACUUGUGUAACCAAGUGCACUUUUUAUGAAUGUUGGCAUCCAUACUUGUAAAGAAAUGUAAAUUAU